AUUUUUUUGAUGUUAUCUUUCCUUAUUCCUGGUAAGGAAUCUCCCGGAAAUAAUAUCGAUGUAUAUUUAAGGCCAUUAAUUGAUGAGUUAAAAGAGUUAUGGGAGACCGGUGUGACAACAUAUGAUGCAUAUAGCGGUAAGAAUUUUCAAUUACAUGCUGCAUUAUUAUGGACAAUAAAUGACUUUCCAGCAUAUGGAAUGUUAUCUGGAUGGAGCACAAAAGGAAAAUUGGCAUGUCCUGUGUGUAAUAAGUGGACGUGUUCGCUAACAUUAAAAAAUGGAGUGAAGCAAUGUUACAUGGGUCAUCGGAGAUAUUUACAUGCCCAACAUUCUUGGAGAAAAAGCAGAAAAUUUGAUGGCAAACCAGAGCACGGGUCAAAGCCUGAAGAGUUGUCAGGAGAUGAAGUUCUAAGGCAAUUAGAUUUGCUUCCAAAAAGCCUUGUUUUUGGGAAGACACCUAACCAAAAAAAGCGUGCACGUGGUCCUGAAGAGCUCAAUUGGACAAAGAGAAGUAUAUUCUUUGAAUUGCCUUACUGGAAAACAUUAAAAUUACGUCAUAAUUUAGAUGUAAUGCAUAUUGAGAAGAAUAUAUGUGAAAAUAUAUUGGGUACGUUGAUGAAUAUUGAUGGAAAAUCUAAGGAUAACAUUAAGGCUCGAAUGGAUUUAGAAGCAAUGGGUAUAAGAAAAGAGUUACAUUUACAGCAAAAGGGAAAUAAAUUUUUUAUGCCACUUGCUUGUUAUACAUUACCGAAGCCUGAAAGGAGAAAGUUUUGCGAAUGGUUGCAGUCAAUCCGGUUGCCAGACGGAUAUGCUUCCAAUCUUUCUCGAUGUGUAAGUGUUCAGGACUGCAAAGUUAUGGGGAUGAAAAGUCAUGAUUAUCAUAUAUUCUUGCAACGGUUACUUCCAGCAUCAAUUUGUGGGUCUUUGCGUAGUGAGGUUUACACUGCAUUAUCAGAGUUGAGCUCUUUCUUUAAGGAGCUUUGUUCGAAGACUUUAAAAAGAUCUACAGUUAAAAAGUUGCAGAGCGAUAUCAUUUUGAUAAUAUGUAAACUUGAGAUGAUAUAUCCUCCAUCUUUUUUCGUGGUAAUGAUGCAUUUGGCAAUUCAUCUGCCACGUGAAGUAGAAUUAGGAGGCCCUGUUCACUAUAGGUGGAUGUACUUUAUUGAGAGGUUCUUACGUACUUUGAAAAAUUAUGUACGUAACUUAGCUCGACCGGAGGGUUCAAUUGCUGAAGCGUAUAUCACUAAAGAAUGUUUGAACUUUUGUUCACUGUAUUUUCAUGGUGUUGAGACAAUAUAUAAUCGCGUUGAGAGAAAUAAUUUUCCUGUGCAAAUAGGAGUGGAAAAUGGAUUUUCCAUAUUUUCAAACAAUGCAAGACCUUUAGGAGCUACAGAAUAUAAAACGUUAUCCCAUUCUGAUUUUGAAAAAUUGCAGUGGUAUGUGCUUAACAAUUGUGAGGAUGUUGAUGAAUAUCUUAAGAUUCACAUUGAGGAAUUACAAAAGGAAAGUGUUAUAGAUGUGCAAAAAAGACACCAGGCAGGAUUUGCCAGUUGGUUCAAGGAGUGUGUUGGACGCUUACGUGCUACUGGUUUGGUUGCAGCAACAGAUCAUAUAUAUGCGUUGGGAUUAGGUCCUGAUAUACGAAUUGCUAGGUACAGUGGGAUAAUUGUCAAUGGAGUUAGGUUUCACACAGUUGAGCGUGAUAAUUUUCGUCGGACUCAAAAUAAUGGAGUUUCAGUUACGGGAGAGCAUAAGUCGAAAGAAAUCGAGUUUUAUGGUGUGCUAACAGAUAUCAUUGACCUCCAAUAUGUUAAUGGGAAUCAUGUUUUCUUGUUUAAAUGUGAUUGGUGGGAUGUUGGCGAUAAAAAUGGAAUUAAAACAGAUGGCAACUUAGUUUCUGUUAAUGUGAGCCGUAAAUGGUAUACAGGUGAUUCUUUCGUGUUGAGUUCUCAAGUACAACAGGUUUUUUAUGUCAGCGAUAUGAAAAAUGGAGGUCAUUGGAAAAUUGUGCAAAAAUCAUUUCACAGGAAUAUAUUUGAUGUGCCAGAAAAGGAAAAAGUGUGCAAUGAAGAUUCAAUAUUGAAUGAUGAGCCCUAUCAGCAAUACGAGGCAGAUAAUAGUCAUGAAGUCGAUCAAAAUGGUGGUGAAAAUUUGGAACUCUUGCAUCCUAUAGAUGUAUUACCGGAUGAAGUUGAUGUUGGUCAAAUGUUUCAAGGUCAAAACUCAAACCCGAUUUAUUCUAGCGAUGAGGAGGAUGAUACUACGAUCAAUUAUGAUGAUGCCGAUACUGAUGUACUAGAAGACUCAAAUGACAGUGACAAUGAAGACGAAGACGAUGAUUAGUGACUGAAAUUUACCGCUUAUUGAACUCUUUUUGGAUUCUUGUAGCUUGUUUGAAAGUAUGAAUUUUACUGAGAGAUGCUUUUUUAUAUUGCCUUGAAUGUAGAUUGUAGAAUUUUGGUGUUUUAUGGCAGUAGUUAUGCAGCCCAACAUGAAAUUUGUGGAAAA